AUGGGUGUCCGUGCCAUUACUUUGUAUGUUCUCUUUCUCUCCAAUAUCUUUCAUUAUCUUCAUAGCUUGCCAAUGGCUGAGAUGACGGAGGCGCCAAGUACCGGUCACGCGAACCCGAUAGAGGUUGAUUCUGAGGCACCUCCAGGCAUCGAUCCGAUGUACUAUGCCCUAAGCCUUCUUCGCCGUCGCCGACUGGAGGAAUGUGUUGCCAUCUCUUCUCGCUCUCUCGCCACCCUUGUAUCUAGUGGGAACUCAGCUGAGAAAAAGGUGUGUGGGCAAAGUCCAAACGAUGGGCACAUUGAAAGGACCGUCACGCGAUUUUGGUCCAUACAAAUGAAGGCGCUUGCGCAGCAAAACUGGUUUGAGGAAAUUGAUGUGGACGACGAUGGCGUUAACGACGUGCUCCUGGAUGGCGAGCAAACCGUUCCAUCGAAUGCAACUGCGGUUGGUACAUCACUUGGCGGAGGUCAGCCACCGGCGGCUGCGAAUCCUGGAAAACCACCAAGCAGAAUGUCUUGCGGUAAGGGUACAAUGAGACCCCUUAGUAGCCGCUGCGGCUUUGCGCGACCGGGGACACACAGCGCUCGUCUGGGGAGUUCUUCCAUGAGUCCUGUCACGGCACGACUUGCCCGUGUAGGGACGGCGUCGCUGCAAUCGGUUCCGGGUGGAACACACCUAGACUUGCAGAAGCUGGACGUGGUAAAGUACGUACAGGACAAACCCAUAGUAGCGAAACUGCUUUGUGAUUAUCUUUUGCAUGUGGCCCACCGGCCACGAAUGGUUCUGGAAUUAUGUAAUUAUAUUCUUUCACAAGAAGAACAGCGGAACUGGUGGUGGCUAUCCCGUCUUGGGCAGGCGCAUUAUCGUUUAGGACAGCUUCGCGAGGCAGAGCAGCAAUUCAAGUCCGCCCUUGCAUUGCAGGAGAACGUAAUGGAUGUAUUGCGGUUAGCGAAGGUUUUUGUCCGCAUGGAUCAACCCCUUAAAGCAUUGGAGGUGUUGUCAGGUGCCUCCAGCAAAAAUGUGACGGAUCACCAUCUGCGUAUCGCCAUGGCGCGGCUGUACGAAGAGUUGCAGGAUAAAGAGAAGUCCUGCGACAUGUAUCGUCGCGUGCUGCAACUAGACAGCACCAACGUAGAAGCAAUUGCUUGUAUUGCAGCACACCACUUUUAUGAAAAUCAGCAACCAGAAGUAGCCCUUCGUUUGUAUCGCCGUUUACUGCAGAUGGGAGUGCAGACAACAGAAUUGUGGAAUAACCUCGGUCUCUGCUGCUUUUACAGCUCACAAUAUGACAUUGCUCUCAGCUGUCUCCAGCGGGCUGCAGCCGUCGCCCCCGAUGACGAAUCGCUGUCGGAUGUAUGGUUUAACAUUGGGCACGUGGGAAUUGCCACUGGGGACCUGUCCCUUGCCGAGCGCGCCUUUCGUGUUGCAGUGGCCGCCAACCCACAACGUGCCGAGGCACUAAAUAACCUAGCGGUGUUGCAGCUACGAGCCGGGAAUGUGGAGGCAGCGUACAGCGACAUUACCAUGGCACUCGCCGUGCAGCCCCUGCAACUUGAGUCCCUUUACAACGCAGCGCUUAUUGCAUACUCUUCGGGAUUCUUUGAACAGGCAUACGCACAGCUUCAGCGUGCGCUGGAUGUGUGUCCCGAUCACCCCGAGAGCGUUGGCCUUCAAGCAGAAAUUCGAAAAAUACUUGCGGCCCCCUAA